AUGGCCAAGGUGCUGCCUGCCUGCCUGCUCCUGGCCCUGCUGCUCCUGGCCCCAGCCCUGGCGGCACCGCAGGAGCGAGGGCUCAUCUUCAACUUGGAGAUCGGGGAGCUGUGCCUGCAGAGCGCCCAGUGCAAGAGCGGCUGCUGCCACCGGGUCAGCGGGCUCAGCCUGGCCCGAUGUGCUUCCAUGGCAGCUGAGUUCCAGGAGUGCUCCCCAAAGAGCAUCUAUGGGGUCUACUACAAGUGUCCCUGUGAGAGAGGCUUGACCUGUGAGGCCGAUAGAACCAUUGUGGGCUCCAUCACCAACAGCGACUUCGGUGUCUGCAAGGACCCCCAGGACUCCUCCAGGCGGCGGUGA